AUGUCCGGGAACUGGUCUUUCUCAAGUGCUUCCACACCGCCGCGGCGGAGACGACACUCGCCCUCCUCCGUAGUCGCCGCCAGUCGCGUUGAUGUGCUGUUUGAGCCUCCGGUGCGUGCCUCGUUCAUUGAGGAUGCAGGGCUGUACGAUGCCGGCGACUGCGACAUGGAGGAUGCAACGAUGAUGCCCAGAGAAACCUGGGCAAAGAAUGACAGCGGCUACUCGCACCAGUGCCGGUCCUGCCAAGACACCCAUCGUUUGCGAAACUCUCUCAAGAGAGUAGAAGCAGAGUACGUGGCCGAAAUCGAGUCCUUGCGGCUGCAGCUGCAGGAGGCGACGGCGCAGCGCACCGCAGCUGUGAGGGAGCGAAACGAGCUGCUGGCCUCCGCUGACAUGUCGCUGACACACAUUCUACAGAUGGAGCAAGACGCCCAGUCACUUCGGAUGGAAGUGGUGCAAGUGUCGCAGGAGAAAGAGCAACUACGGCGGCGUGUGCAGGAGCUAGAGAAGCAGAGUGCCGUUGCCAGCGAGAGAGACGCGAGACUUGGACGCGUCGCCGUUGAGGACGCGGAGGCGGUGGGGCGCGCGCACGUCGAGUCAGCGGAGACAAGCGAGGCGUUGUUGCUCCUGCAGCUGUGCGCGGCCGAGUCUGCGAGAGUCGCGGAAAGCGUACAUCGCAUGCCUGGUGAAACCCGAACCAGUGGCGCCGCGGCUGCUGGUGGUAGAUGCGGUAGCUCCUGCGCAAACGUCUCUGGGGGCUUUUCUCCAGAGAGCGCGUCACCGGCGUCGUCCGAGGAGAGUCCUCACAGACGCACGUGUUCGCCACGUCCUUCGCAGCGGCGAUCACUGACGGUGCCGGUGGACACGCCUCGUCUUUCACUCUAUCCUUACUCCCCACCAGGGCACAGUGGAGCAGAGAGCGCUGCUACCACCUCUCGCCUUCCUUGCGGGUUCGACGCAGCUGUGGCGGCAACAACCGCAGCCGCGGGCGACGAUUCACCACGUGAGCGCAUCAAGCGAUUGGAGUGUGACCUCGAGCGUCAGCGCAGACUACAUGAGAUGCAGCUGGCGGACGAGCGCGCCUUGACGAGUGAAAUGCAGGCGGAGAUGGACGACCUAAUCGAGAAUGAGCUCGUACUGCUGGAGGCAAAUGGUCGUAUAGCGCUGGAGAGGGAUGGGGCGGAGGCUGCCGUCGACGUUGUACGGUGCCUUCUUCAGCACCUCGGCGUGGCGCUCCGCUCAGGGCAAGUGCCUUCGGAGGAAGCUUUCAGGGUGGGCACGACACGACGGAAAGCUACAUUGGUGACCUGCCCCGAAGCCAGCGACGGUGGAGCAUGCGAAGGCCCGGUGCGACCAACGACAAACCAGACGUCCCUGGGGCCUGGGAGGUUGGGGGACGAACUCAUUGGACGCGAAGAGAUGAUGACGGGUGCGCUCGGCGAUGUGGAUGAAACGAGGCGAGACGUGCACAACCUUCGUGACGAUAUCGCUCGCUGCCACGCCGCUGUUGGCGACACUGGCACUACGCAAGAGCGGAUGGAGGCUCUUCUUUGCCGAGUACUGGUCGAGGUGGCGGGUCAACGCCGCAAGGCAGACGAAACCCACACGAUGCUGCGCCGGUUUGCUCGCAUUUCCACUCACAAUGACAACGCGCUGUUCCGCGCGGUGGGGCGGGUGGAGGAAACGUUGAAGACACCGACGCCCGCCGCUGCUCUUGUCAAGAGUGGAGAGGCUGGUAGGGGGGCAAGCGCCGCGAAAUGCACGGCUGUGUUGGACUCUCCGUCGCCGCUAGGCGCAGAGGUAGUGCCGUGCAUGAGGGCCAUGGAUGUCACUCGGUCCACCACAACCACGGACGAAUCCGCGGCGGACGUCUCGAAUGACCUCAGGCAGCUGCCGUCACGCUCGCCCUUUGCCGCAGCAGAGGACGAUCUUUUCGAUCCAAGCCGCGUUCACGUAGACUCUGACGUGGCGGCUCAGAAGAUGGCGGCGCUGCUCCUCGAAGACUCGCUCAGCGAUCCCUCUGAUGGGGACGUCCCGCAGACGCCGUAUGACGACUACUAG